UCAGCAAAGGGGCUCCUCUGUGUCCUUCCCGAAGUUGUGGAUGGGUUGACUCGUUCUGAGUCGAUACUCACUCGAUCAGGAACGAGCUGUUUAUUGGUAUUUGACUUUGACCUGACUUUGUCAGCUCGCAACUCAUGGGGCCACUAAGCUGAGUCUUUCCUUGGACUCAUUGCGUCGUCUUACACAUGUAGACUCAAGUCGUCGAGCUACGUCGUCAUAUUCACGGGAAAGGACGGCGAUAAGCAGUAGCAACCGCAGCAGAGUUUUGCUAAUGCCGUCGUGAUUAUUCACAAUACAUCCUGAUGAUUCGGUUCAACUUCCAACUUCAAAGUUUUGCUUGCCCAUUAUGGAUAGCAACUCGUACUCCUCAACACCAACUUUUCCAGCUCCUCGGCCUUAACCAUUUGACCCAUCCUACGUUAAAGGUUCAACCGUGGACCUUUCCUUACGGUGAAGUUGUACGCGUGACUACCACCAUCGCCAACGGGGACGAAGUCGAUUGCCAAUCUGAUUACUGGAUGAUCGAACAUGUCUACAUCUUCCCGCUAGUCCUCGCUCCGCCGGUCCCCCGUGUCUGCGAUCCAAGAGCUGUAAAGCAUGUGGCGGUUCAUCGUGUUGUGAUAAGCCACUUGCGAUGUCCUUUGGGCUUACUUACUGUGUCUCAAUCUACUGAUUGUUUUUCCUUAGUUUUCUUCGGAUGUGGAUUUUUGGAUAGUGCGGAGGCAGGGUUUCCCUCCGAGCUUUAUGUUAAAUCUCAGAAAAUUGUAGAGUUUCGAUUCGGUUGCUAAAGGCAUAACGGUAGACAUUUUCACCAACAUCUCUUGUUCACCUCGGCUGCUUCGCGUAUAGCUUCUAACUCUCGCCAAUAGUACGUCCUAUUGUCUCUUC